AUUCGCUUAAUAAAAGUUACACUGUCAGUGUAUAGAGGGUGUUCAAAACCUAACCCACGUAUUUUGCACUGGUUACUUCGUGUUAUGAGUGCCUUGUUGGCCUAAGUUGGACCAAGCUGUCGAGUUUCUCCGUUUAAUUAUUCAUAUUUAAACACCUUGGAUAUUAUUUCCGUCGGAAAUGUCGGAUUCGGAUUCGUCGGAUCGAGGCGGUGGCGGCAGUGAAAGCGAUCAAGAGGAGAAUCGCUCGGUGAAAUCCACAGCUGGCAGCGAUGGUGGUAGCGUUGGCGAAAGAUCGCGUAGCGUUUCUCGCAGUAGAAGUCCGUCUAGAUCCCGAUCCAGAAGUCCAUCGAGGUGGCGAUCACGGUCUCGAUCAGCGUCUGGUUCGGAGGAUGGCAGGGAUGAUGAAGCAGAAGAAGCAAGACCUGACGAUGAAGAGUUGGUGGAACCUGAGGAAGAACCAGAUGGGGAAGAUUUGGAUGGAAGCAGUGAAUAUGAUGAGGAAGAAGAAGAAGAGGACGAUGAUAGACCUCGGAAGAAAAAGAAAAAAGAUAAAUACCGUGAUUUCAUCAUAGACGAGGCUGAGGUAGAUGAUGAAGUUGAAGAUGAUGAUGAAUGGGAAGAAGGUGCCCAAGAAAUUGGUAUUGUUGGAAAUGAAGUAGACGAAUUGGGCCCUACUGCUAGAGAAAUUGAAGGCAGACGUAGAGGAACUAAUCUUUGGGAUUCCCAGAAGGUAGAUGAAAUAGAAGAGUAUCUGAGAAAGAAAUAUGCUGAUGAAUCUAUUGCCACUCGCCAUUUCGGAGAUGGCGGUGAAGAAAUGAGUGAUGAAAUUACUCAGCAAACUUUACUGCCAGGUGUGAAAGAUCCAAAUUUGUGGAUGGUAAAAUGUCGUAUCGGAGAAGAGAAGGCGACGGUACUCUUGUUAAUGCGAAAAUUCAUAACAUACCAAUUUUCAACUGGGCCUCUUCAAAUAAAAUCUGUUGUUGCACCUGAAGGAGUAAAGGGUUAUAUUUACAUAGAAGCAUAUAAACAACCACAUGUAAAAGCGGCUAUAGAGAAUGUAGGAAAUUUAAGAAUGGGUAUUUGGAAACAACAAAUGGUACCAAUUAAAGAGAUGACUGAUAUAUUACGUGUUGUCAAAGAACAAUCUGGUUUGAAGGCGAAACAAUGGGUUAGACUAAAAAGAGGCAUUUAUAAGGAUGACAUAGCUCAAGUUGAUUAUGUUGAUUUGGCACAGAAUCAAGUUCAUUUAAAACUGUUGCCUAGAAUUGAUUACACUAGACCACGAGGAGCUUUGAGGACGGCUCAAAGCGAAUCUGAAGCUUUAAAACGUAAAAAGAAAAGACGACCACCAGCCAAGCCGUUUGAUCCCGAAGCAAUUCGAGCUAUCGGAGGCGAAGUUACAAGCGAUGGUGACUUUCUGAUAUUUGAGGGAAAUAGAUAUAGCCGGAAAGGAUUCUUAUAUAAGAAUUUUACAACAAGCGCGAUUAUCGCAGAAGGUGUAAAACCAACCCUAUCUGAACUGGAAAAAUUCGAAGAAGCUCCUGAGGGCGUUGAAUUAGAUUUAAGUGGAGCUGGGGCACCAGGAACUGGUAUUUCUAGCAAUAAGGAAGAUGCAGCAGUGACCCAUUCUUUCAGCACAGGGGACAAUGUUGAAGUAUGCGAGGGUGAAUUGAUCAAUUUGCAAGGAAAAAUCGUCUCGAUAGAUGGAAACAUGAUUAUGGUUAUGCCGAAGCAUGAAGAGCUCAAAGAAGCUCUAGAAUUCCAAGCGUCAGAGUUACGAAAAUAUUUUACUAUGGGUGAUCACGUAAAGGUUGUAGCAGGAAGAUAUGAGGGUGACACUGGUUUGAUAGUACGAGUGGAACAAAACAGAGUAGUUUUAUUUUCUGAUCUUUCAAUGCAUGAAUUGGAAGUUCUUCCAAGGGAUUUGCAACUCUGCUCGGAUAUGGCAACCGGCGUGGAUAGUUUAGGUCAAUUCCAAUGGGGUGAUUUAGUGCAACUAGAUGCACAAACAGUAGGCAUAAUCGUACGAUUAGAGCGUGAAAAUUUCCACGUGCUUUCUAUGCAUGGGAAGGUCAUAGAGGCUAGACCGCAAGGACUCACGAAGAGACGAGAAAACAGAAAUGCAGUGGCGUUAGACUCUCAACAGAACACUAUACAGAAGAAGGAUAUUGUCAAGGUGGUGGAUGGUCCACAUGCUGGACGUGGUGGUGAAAUAAAACAUUUAUAUAGAAGUUUUGCAUUUUUACAUUCACGAAUAUUCAUUGACAACGGUGGAAUCUUCGUUUGCAAAACGAGACAUUUACAACUUUCUGGUGGAAGUAAGACCACUGUAUCGAAUAUGUCACCGGUGACAGGAUUUAUGUCGCCAAGAAUUGCAUCGCCAAUGCAUCCUAGUGGAGGUGGUUUUGGAAGAGGUGGCGGUGGAAGAGGCAGAGGUCGCGGAGGUGGGGCCAGACGUGACAGAGAAUUGGUAGGAACCACCAUUAAAAUAACCGGUGGGCCAUACAAAGGAAAUGUUGGAAUUGUGAAAGAGUCUAGAGAGACGACUGCUCGUGUGGAGUUACAUUCAUGUUGUCAGACUAUUUCCGUGGACAGGUCCCAUAUUGCAAAUGUUGCAGUACUCACCAAGGAUGGCGGUUUCAGCAGUUAUAACAGGACACCAGCGUAUGGUGGAGGCCAGACACCUAUGUAUGCCAGAGAUGGAUCCAAGACACCCAUGCAUGGCUCUCAAACGCCUAUGUACGAAAAUGGUUCUCGUACACCUCAUUAUGGUUCAAUGACACCAUCUCACGAUGGUUCGCGCACACCAGGACAGUCUGGUGCGUGGGAUCCAGCUGUUACCAAUACUCCUGCAAGAACAAACGAUUUCGACGGAUACAGUAUGGAAGAAGGUGGAUCUCCAGGUUAUGCGCCAGGAUACCCUCCUACUGGUGGACCAUUCACGCCACAAACACCUGGUACAAUGUACGGUUCAGAGCAGAGCUUCAGUUCAUAUCAACCGAGUCCCAGUCCGGCGGGAAGCGCUACUGCAAGUCCUAGCCCUGCUGGAUAUGUUGCCACUCCUUCGCCAAGUGGUACUGGGUAUACUACGAGUCCUCAUGGAGCGUUUGCUACGCCUUCACCGAUGGGUUAUAGUCCUAUGACUCCUGGAGUUGCGGGUAGUCCGUAUAAUCCACAGACUCCAGGCGCUGGUUUAGAUACAAGCAUUGGCUCUGGAAUAAUUAUAGGAACCGAAUGGCAUACCACGGAUAUUGAAGUUAGAAUUCGCGACUCUCACCAGGAUCCUGCAUUGGCAACACAACAGGGUGUUAUUCGGGGAAUAUCCGGUGGCAUGUGUGCUGUCUUCUUGCCUGUAGAAGAUAGAGUAGUGAACUUGGUUUGCGAAGAGCUAGAACCAGUAGUUCCCUCACGAGGUGACCGAGUCAAAGUAAUUGUAGGAGAAGACAGAGAAGCAGUGGGAAACUUACUUUCCAUAGAUAAUCAAGAGGGUGUGGUGAAAUUGAAUACGGACGAAGUGAAGAUGUUGCACUUGCGAUUUUUGUGUAAGAUGAAGGCACCGAACCCGUAAUUCUCCAUUCCAAGACAAUUUUCCAAACUCGAGAAGAAAUUCAUAAAGACAGUUUUGACGACAAGAGCGCAUUAACGUUUAAUAAAAAUUAUUGAGAAUUAUACUGAUAACGUUAAUACUAGCCAUUUUACUUUGUAUUCCUUGUUAUGUUCAAAAGUAGCAUUUGAAUUAUGUAAAAUAAA